ACGAGUUGAGCUUCCCGAGGUCUUUGACACCUUCAAAGAUAACAAAUUUGUUUCUUCAGCGCUCGCAAUUCGAUCCGGCAGGUUAGCGGUCGUGCUAUCGGCGCCGGCAGUGGCACCUUAUGAAAACAGGCACUCCUUCACCGUGAGGGCCACAGAGCGCGCGUGGUCGCAAUGAGACGCCCCACUGCUGUGCUGCAAGUGCUGCUCCUACUGGCCGCCGAUGCGGCGUGGGCGGCCGACGACCAGCAGGCGUACACCUGCAACGCCACGCAGCUCUUGUCCUCCGAGCUCCUUGCAGAGAUACGCAGCUACGCGCCGGUAGUGCAGAACAUCAUCGACUACGUGCUCCGAGGCCCCGAGCGCAACUGUACCUAUGAAGAACUGGCCAAGUUUGUGGACCGAUUCGGCGCACGCAUCACGGGAUCGCGGAACCUGGAGAACGCCAUCGACUACAUGGUGGAGCUCCUGGGCCGCCAGGGACUGGACCGCGUGUACACGGAGCGGGUGACCGUGCCGCAUUGGGUGCGCGGCAACGAGUCGGCCUGGAUAGUGCGGCCGCGCAUGCAAAAGCUCAACAUGCUGGGCUUGGGUGGCAGCGUAGGCACGUCGCCCGGUGGAAUCAUUGCACCGGUGCUGGUAGUCCGGUCAUUCGAGGAGCUGCAUUCGAACGCCUCAAAGGCCCACGGUAAGGUGGUGGUGUUCGACGAGGAGUUCAUCAGCUACGGGCGCACCGUGCAGUACCGCGAGAACGGCGCCGCCGAGGCCGAGCGAGUGGGCGCCGUGGCCGCGCUGGUGCGCUCGGUGACGCCCUUUUCCAUCGGGAGCCCGCACACGGGGUGGAUGAACUACGACCGCGACGAGCCUCGCAUCCCGUGCGCCUCCAUCACCGUCGAGGACGCGCAGCUGCUCCGAAGGCUCCAGGACAGAGGUAUAGAGACUCAAGUCCACAUAGUAAUGGAUGCACAAAAUCUGCCGCUCACCACAUCGAGGAAUACUAUAGCUGAACUAAAAGGCACAACCAUGCCUGACGAGGUGGUGCUCGUGAGCGGCCACCUGGACUCGUGGGACGUGGGCCAGGGUGCCAUGGACGACGGUGGUGGCGCCUUCGUCUCGUGGCGGGCGCUGGCGCUGCUGCGGAGGCUGGGCCUGCGGCCGCGGCGCACGCUGCGCGCCUUGCUCUGGACGGGCGAAGAGGAGGGCGUGUGGGGCGGCCGCGCCUACUACGAGCGUCAUGGCGGCCGGCCCCAGGCACAGCGCCGGCUCAACCUGGUCAUGGAGUCCGACCUGGGCACGUUCCGGCCGCUGGGGCUCAGACUGGCGGCCGCCGACCCGCGCGCGCGCUGCAUGGCCGCCGAGGUGCUGCGCCUGUUCGGCUCCAUCAACGCGACGCGACUGACGCUGGGGCCCGACGGGCCGGAUAUCCAGCCCUGGGUCGACGCCGGAGUGCCGGGCGCCUCGCUGGACACGGCCAACGAGGAAUACUUCUACUUCCACCACACAGACGGCGACUCCAUGACCGUCGAAGACCCGACCAACCUGGAUUUGUGCACCGCCCUAUGGGCGGCUUCCGCCUUCGUCUUCGCUGACCUCAGCGAGCGCCUGCCGCGGCCGUAGCGGCGGGCUGGCGGCAAUAGGCGAAGGACACAGAAAGUUUCGCUCCCCAUUCACGUCAAUUAUGGGCGCGUUCACUGAUCGAUUGAUUCAUUGACUUAACUGAUCGACACUAAGAAAAUUAAAUUAGUCAAAGCUUCCAGCCUUGUCAGCCCACGUCUACACAAAAAUGAGCCGUUUAAAGAGUUAAGAAAAGCUCUCCGCCGAGCUACUUAUAAUGUACAUAAAUAUGUUAUGUUCGAAUUAAUUUCCCUGGAAGAUGCCUUUAUUUUAUGCAUUCUUAGAUGGUAUAGAAAUAUGCCACAAGCAUGCAUAGUGCUCAGCUGUUCAAACGCGAUACGCAGAGCGUAUGACUGCCGUCCUUUCUUGCGCCACCUGUGGGCGAAGGGGAGCUCAUGCAUUGUGGCACAACCGCUGAUUAAAAAGGCACACGGUGUACACCUUUUUAUUCAUCGGCCGUGAUGGCGGUUCACGAUGACAGCGAUAGCCUUUGUGACGCCUUCUGACUGCAUUUGUCCCCCAUGCAGUGUUCACCCAGCGCUCACCGAUACCGCAAAAAGCGCCGGCCGCGCCAUGCGGUCUGAUUAACGCGUUAGACUCGCUGAUUAUCGUUUGAAUCGCUGAUAUGAAUCUGAUUAUCGCGUUUUAAAUACUGUUUGUUACAUGAGCACUCAAAAUUUCAUCAGCGCAACAAAGCUUACAAGUGUGCUAAAACUUUUGUGUACUAUAAAACAUUACAACAAAUGACAAAGCACGAAAAAAGAACACACUUAUUCGUAUAUAGUGGUAGAAAAUAUCGAAGAAAACGCUUGGAUUGGCAAAUGCAGGUAAAGGCAAAUAGAGAAGUACGAGAAAAUUACUUGUAAGGUGCAAGUUAAAAUUGUAAGGAAAAGGCAAAAAUAAAGAGAAAUACAAAUGCUAAGGUAACAGAUAAGCGAAUAAAAAGAAUUUUCUUGCGAGUAGUUGGUCUUCAAGUGCAAAAAAAAAGAAAAGGAAAAAAAAGGCAAACAAAAGCCGGCAGGGGGGGGGGGGG